AUGCGCAUCAACACGUGGAUCCCGUUCCUGGUGCCCGUCGCGGCCGCCAGCUUCAUCCCCUUUGGCACCGAGUUUGCUCGUCGACAACUUCCCAACGAGCCUACGGGUGUGAAGACAAUUAAAACGGCCAACAAUGUCACGAUUCGCUACAAGGAACCCGGGAAGGAAGGUGUUUGUGAAACAACGCCGGGUGUGAAAUCAUAUGCAGGUUAUGUGGACUUGUCGCCCACAGAACAUACAUUCUUCUGGUUCUUCGAGGCGCGCCACGAUCCGGAAAAUGCGCCAAUCACGCUGUGGCUUAAUGGUGGCCCGGGCAGUGAUUCGCUGAUUGGCUUGUUUGAAGAAUUGGGCCCUUGUCAUGUUAACGAGAAGUUUGAGACUUAUGUUAAUCCCCACUCAUGGAGUGAGGUUUCAAACAUGCUCUUCAUCUCUCAGCCUCUUGGCACCGGGUUCUCAUAUUCCGAGAAGGAGGCAGGCUCCCUGAACCAAUUGACAGGUGCCUUCCAGGGUGAAGAUGUCGCCGGUGUUCAGGGUCGCUACCCUGUGAUUAAUGCUACUAUGAUCGACACAACCAACCUCGCUGCCGAAGCCACCUGGGAAGUCUUGCAGGGAUUCCUUGGCGGACUACCAAAGAUGGAUUCGAAGAUCAAAUCGAAGAGCUUCAAUUUGUGGACCGAGAGCUAUGGAGGGCACUAUGGUCCAGCCUUCUUCGACCACUUCUACGAGCAAAAUCAGAAAAUCGCCAAUGGCUCCGUGGACGGCAUUGAGCUAGAGUUCAACACACUUGGAAUCAUCAACGGAAUCAUUGAUGAAUCUAUCCAGGCUCCCCACUACCCAGAAUUUGCAGUUCACAACACCUACGGCAUCAAAGCGGUCAACGAAACUGUCUACAACUAUAUGAAGUUCGCAAACGAAAUGCCCAACGGAUGCCAGGAUAUGAUCCAGAGCUGCAAAUUCACCAACCGAACCUCAUUGUCAGACUAUGCAAUCUGCACAGAAGCCGGCAACAUGUGUCGUGAUAACGUCGGUACGUCGAAACUCCUAUCUCCUAUAUACCACAUCACCCCCUCCCCCUUCUUCCCCUCUAUCUAUCCAAAUCACGACCUCAACAACCCACUAAUCCAACCCCUCACCACAGAAAGCCCCUACUACGUCUUCAGCGGUCGAGGAACCUACGACAUCCGCCACCCAUCCCAAGACCCAACACCACCAAGCUACUACGAACAAUACCUCGCCAAAGACUCAGUAAUGAACGCCCUAGGCGUAGACCUAAACUACACAUCCUCCAAUUCCGAAAUCUACUACGCCUUCCAACAAACCGGCGACUUCGUCUGGCCCAACUUCAUCGAAGACCUAGAAGACAUCCUCUCCCGACCCGUCCGCGUAGCCCUAAUCUACGGCGACGCGGAUUACAUCUGCAACUGGUUCGGCGGUGAGGCUGUCUCCCUGGCUACAAAUUACACGCAUAGCAAGCAGUUCCGCGCUGCCGGGUAUGCUCCUUUCCUUGUGGACGGGAAGGAGUAUGGCGAGACGCGCGAGUAUGGGAACUUUUCGUUCACGAGGGUUUAUGAGGCUGGCCAUGAGGUUCCAUUUUACCAGCCUGAGGCUUCGUUGCAGCUCUUUAAUCGCACGCUUAAUGGGUGGGAGUUGCCGAAGGGCGAGAAGAAGGUUAAGCCGAAUUUUGGGUCGAGUGGGCCUAAGUCUGCGACGCAUACGCAGGCUUCUGUUGCGCUGCCUACCUCUACGGGGGUGGUUGGGUCUGCUGUUCCGUGGAUGUGA